AUGGCAGAGCUAGCAUCACCAGCCGCCCCGAUUGAAAUCUCUUUUCCCCUCCCCAAAGCCCUGCACACGACCGCACAUAUCCAUCUCUCCUUCCUCGACACCUGCGCCAUGGUCUUCCUGGCCACCUCCACGCCGGGUGAUUCCGCAGGGAGUAUCAAACCCAUGGGCAGCUUUAUCUACGCCAUGCCGGAUCGCACCAACCCCCCCUCCACCAUCUCCACAACCAUCUAUUCCACCCCCUCCAGCGUGGAAUACACCACCCGCAUCGCCAAAAUCCUCGCCCGGCGGAUGAAAGUCCCCGUGUACGUGGGCUGUAGCAUCGACCCCGUCGGGCUGGGUCUGCUUGUCGAGGAGGAAAUGGAGGGUGUGCGAGGGAUCGUGGAUGUGGUGAUGCGGAAGUGGGAGGAUCGGAAGUAA